GGCAGCACAAAUGCUGGGAAAUGUAGUCAAACUGUCUUCCUCUUUCUCUUUCUCCCUCUAAUGGCUGCCUCUAGGAAGGUAAUGCACAUACGCCUGGCUUCUAACACAGGGUGAUGACUGAGUGGAGUUCAUUGCUUUCUGGAUUCCAGUGCUAACCAUAAAGGAGUAAUUAUAGAGUUAAGAUACAUUUGAAGUACCAGCUUCUCGUCAUUGUUUAACCUCCCUUCCAAGACCACCUGAUCAGCAACAUGGCUUUUCUUGGGAACACCUCAAAACUCUUUUUGGUGCUCAUUUCACUGAUGCUUAUGCUGCCUGUGGUUGAAGCCCUGGAUGCUGGAGAUGCAAUUGCUCUCUUGCUAGGCAUAGUUCUCACUAUCAUUGGAUUCUGUGCCUGUCUAGGCUUAUAUGCAAGGAAAAGAAAUGGACAGCUAUGACUUUUUAAAGAGAUGACUUGGUCAAGAAUAAUCUUAAACUCUACUUGUUACGAGUUUAAAACUGAGCCUCAGUUCCUGGCAACUUUCAAAACCAUGGAGCACGAUCCUGCAAACCCUUCUUGCAUUGCCAUCCUUGCUAAUAAAAAAUAUUACUGGUAGAAAGAGUUUACAGGAUCUGUCUUCAUGACAGUAAGAAGAUGAUUAUUUCAUAUUCCUUGGGAUGAGGGGUUGCAUUAAAGUAAAGAUGGAAACAAGCUAUUUGAAGAAGAAAAAAUUGCCCAGAUUCAUUCACAGUGAAAGUUCAUAUACUGAAUAUAACAUUUCUACAAUUUGAUUUCAGGGGUUAGUCAGCAGGAAAGCAGCCAUAAACCUUCUCGUCAGGAUAAUAAAGAUUUGGAAAUAUUGACGCACUCUUAAUAUGAUAACUAAAGAACAGCCUACUUAGACUUCUGUUUGAGUGCAGAUGUUCUUUCUAAUUAGAGUUAAUCCCCCCGCAACAGCUCACUUCUGCUGUAGUCAGGCUGAGACAUGGGUGAAAUAGAGAAAUGUGCAAAACCUUUUCUUCUGUAUUUUUAUCUUAUAAUGUGCCACUUCUGUAGCUUGGAUUCCUGUUUCAAAUUAGAAUCAAAUUUAAUCAAGAGCUGUGCUUAAGGAUUAGACCAUGAUUUUUCUUUAAAAUGUGUAUGAUACAUAGGAGAGUAUAUGUAAUAUAUUGACCACUCAAACAAGGAAAAGAUUGAAAUGACCAAAUGUUUUGUGCACAUAUGUUGUUUCAUAUACAUUUAUGUUUAGUUUUCUUUGAGGUGCUCACAUUUUGGGGAUUGUUUGUUUUGCAACAAUGAAGACUUACUUAUUUUGUUCAGUGACUGUUUUUUAAUUCUGAGCAAUAGGGUUAUUAGAAUCAGAUGCUUAUGUAACUUUUCCCCAUGUGAUCAAUAAACUCAGUACGCUCUUUGACGAAGUCUAAAUGCAA